AUGCAGAGUCUGUCGGUCUGAAGGAACUCCUGAGAAACCCCUCUAUCAUCCAUGUGUGUGUACUGGCAGUAUUAAAUUUAUUCAUCAGGAAUGCUUAGUUCAGUGGCUUAAACACAGCAGAAAAGAAUACUGUGAAUUAUGUAAGCACAGAUUUGCUUUCACACCAAUUUAUUCCCCAGAUAUGCCUUCACGGCUUCCAAUCCAAGACAUCUUUGCUGGACUGGUUACGAGUAUUGGCACAGCAAUACGAUACUGGUUUCAUUAUACACUUGUGGCCUUUGCAUGGUUGGGAGUAGUACCUCUUACUGCAUGUCGUAUCUACAAGUGCUUGUUUACUGGCUCUGUGAGCUCACUACUGACACUGCCAUUAGAUAUUCUGUCAACGGAGAACUUACUGGCUGACUGUUUGCAGGGCUGUUUUGUGGUAACAUGCACCCUGUGUGCAUUUAUCAGCCUUGUUUGGUUACGUGAACAGAUCGUCCAUGGAGGAGCACCGCAGUGGUUGGAACAAAAUCAGCAACAGCCACUCAAUGGCGUUGGUCAACAAAAUGAGGCUCCCCCAGUACAAGAGAUAUGGACAUAUUGGAAUGAGUGCAGUGAAGAGCCAACAAAAAUGAUUAAAGGACUGGAGCAUCUGACAUGUGAUGAGAGGCUGAGAGCUGGAACUGUUCAGCCUGGAGAUGAGAAGGCUCAGGCUUUCUUAUCUUCACAGAUGCUUGGACUUGAUGGAUCUCUGGUUUUUUUAGAACAUGUCUUUUGGGUGGUAUCUUUAAAUACAUUGUUCAUACUUGUGUUUGCAUUUUGUCCGUACCACAUUGGUCACUUCUCCAUUGUUGGCUUGGGCUUUGAGGAAUAUGUUCAAGCAUCUCACUUUGAAGGCCUGAUUACAACUAUAGUCGGAUAUGUUCUGCUUGCAGUGACUCUAAUUGUUUGUCAUGGUUUGGCAGCACUUGUUAAGUUCCAGCGAUCACGACGUUUAUUAGGAGUUUGCUAUAUUGUCGUCAAGGUUUCCUUGUUAGUGGUUGUUGAAAUUGGUGUGUUUCCUCUCAUCUGUGGUUGGUGGCUGGAUAUAUGCUCUUUGGAAAUGUUUGAUGCCACUUUGAAAGAUAGAGAAUUGAGCUUUCAGUCUGCCCCAGGUACCACAAUGUUUCUGCACUGGUUAGUUGGAAUGGUUUACGUCUUUUAUUUUGCAUCCUUCAUUCUCUUACUGAGAGAGGUAUUGAGACCUGGUGUCUUAUGGUUUCUCAGGAAUUUGAAUGAUCCAGACUUCAAUCCUGUGCAGGAAAUGAUUCACUUGCCUAUUUAUAGACAUCUCAGGAGGUUUAUCUUAUCAGUGAUUGUCUUUGGAUCAAUUGUACUGCUCAUGCUCUGGCUUCCUAUACGCAUUAUUAAGUAUCUCCUGCCAAACUUUCUUCCAUACAAUGUUAUGCUCUACAGUGAUGCUCCAGUAAGUGAACUUUCCCUAGAGCUCCUUUUGCUUCAGGUGGUGCUUCCAGCUUUGCUAGAACAAGGACAUACAAGACAGUGGUUGAAAGGUCUUGUACGAGCAUGGACUGUUACUGCUGGAUACUUGCUGGAUCUCCAUUCUUACCUACUUGGUGACCAGGAAGAGAAUGAAAACAAUGCAAACCAGCAGCCUAACAACCAGCAUGCUCGCAAUAAUAAUGCCAUUCCAGUUGUGGGAGAAGGUCUUCAUGCAGCCCAUCAAGCCAUACUUCAACAAGGAGGACCUGUGGGUUUCCAGCCUUAUCGUAGGCCUUUAAAAUUCCCACUCAGGAUAUUUCUCUUGAUUGUUUUCAUGUGCAUAACAUUACUGAUUGCUAGUCUUAUCUGCCUUACCUUACCAGUAUUUGCUGGCCGAUGGUUAAUGUCAUUUUGGACGGGGACUGCCAAAAUCCAUGAACUGUACACGGCUGCUUGUGGUCUCUAUGUCUGUUGGCUGACUAUCCGCGCAGUGACAGUGCUGGUUGCCUGGAUGCCACAGGGUCGUAGAGUCAUUUUUCAGAAGGUCAAAGAAUGGUCUCUCAUGAUAAUGAAGACAUUAAUAGUGGCUAUACUGCUAGCUGGUGUGGUUCCACUUUUGCUUGGUCUUCUGUUUGAACUGGUCAUCGUUGCCCCUUUGAGAGUUCCUUUGGAUCAAACACCUCUCUUCUAUCCUUGGCAGGACUGGGCUCUUGGAGUUCUGCAUGCCAAAAUAAUUGCUGCCAUAACACUGAUGGGUCCCCAGUGGUGGCUGAAAACUGUUAUUGAACAGGUAUAUGCAAACGGGAUUCGUAACAUCGAUUUACACUUCAUAAUCCGUAAACUGGCGGCACCCGUAAUCUCUGUUCUCUUACUUUCCCUGUGUGUACCAUACAUCAUAGCUUCUGGCGUUGUACCUUUAUUAGGAGUUACUGCUGAAAUGCAAAACCUUGUUCAGCGACGGAUUUAUCCUUUUCUGCUUAUGGUGGUGGUUUUGAUGGGAAUUCUCUCCUUCCAAGUCCGCCAGUUCAAGCGCCUUUAUGAACAUAUUAAAAAUGACAAGUACCUUGUUGGGCAACGACUUGUGAAUUAUGAACGGAAGUCUGGUAAACAAGGCACAUCAACAACUUCACCUCAGUCUUCACAAGAAUAGAUGGUCAUAUUAAACAUCUUGACCUUCCCUUUGCCUUUACAUGUCCUUUUUUCAUAGACUCUUCUUCAGUCUUUGGAUAUCUCUCCCAAUAAUACUCUCAGCAGUGUUUUGGCUUUUGUUAGUAGCAUCCGGAUAGCAGUUAAGGCUGUGUUCCUUAUCUGCAUUUUCUGAUGUUAUCAAUGCUGUCUGAGGUCUGUAUAUGUGUAAAUAGAAGUAUCCUGACACCCUAAAACCUUGGAUUAAAAAGAAUGUGCAUUGUACAUCUUUAAAAAAAAGUAUAUUAAUUUAUUAAAUCUAGUUGUCACUUUAUUUUGGACUGCUGUUCUGUUGACAAUGUGCCACAAAGCAAUAGUGCAAAGAGGCAAGAUGUUUUUAUAAAAUUUGGAGCUUACUUUAUGGUGUUCAUAACAGUUCUUAUUGUAGUAAUAUAGUAUGAUUUUUCAUGAGUGGAAAGGCCACACAGAGAAUAUCAAAAGUAAAUAACUGUCUUACAGUCAGCAAUGAAGUGGCCGUGGUGAGAACAUAAUGAACUAUGUAUCUUGCUGUCAAGUCUUUUUUAUUAUUUUGUAUAACACCAAAGCUGUUGUACAUUUUUCUAUUGCCUGAUUGUUUUUCAUGUGUC